AUGCGGCUCCUGCAGGCAUCCGUCUCUUCCGCCCACGUUCCGCCGAGGGAGAGCGUCACCAUCAGAGUGGGCUUCCGCCCACCGGAAUUCGCUCUAGACAGCGCUGAGGACUCCGCCUUCCAGGGGUCUAUACUUUUGACGUUCUCGAACGGAACGGAGCAGCUCUUUCCGCUCUCCGCGGACUUCAUCCGGCCGGAACUGCUGCCUUCCGUCGGUACGCUCGCCUUCCCCUCCAAGGUCCACAUCAAGGCGCAGCGCACGCUCACCUUCACGCUCAGCAACCCGACCCAGGCGGACGCCACGUGGCAGCUUGUGGACGGUGGAUCGGACGGGGGCGAAUCGUCACCGUCCGAGCAGGAUGUAUUCGUUGUAGAGCCCCGGGCGGGGAAACUAGAGGGGAGGGGCGUCGGGCACCCGCGAACGCAAAUAAUAACUGUCCGAUUUGCGCCAAAGGAAUCCAAGCCGUACGCAAGGCGUCUAAUUUUAAGAGUGGAGAAGGGGAGGGGGGGCGUCAUUACGCUGAUUGGAGAGGGCACGCUGGACGAGCGCUUUGAAAGCUGA